AUGAACAAAUUGCCUUAUCAACCUCUUGGUUUUGUGUUAAAAUUCGAUCCACCCAUCAUUGGAUUGUUAUACCAUCCCAUCGAGAAUAAGAAGGUGAAUAAGAAAAAGAAGAAGUGUUAUGCUAUUCAUUUGAAUAAUUUGAUCUUUUUGGUUGAGCCUGAAGAUAUUGUAGAGGCAUUGUUUAAUGAGCAUCAAGAGUUCUUAGAUCCUGAUGUUGUCAAACCACAACAAGUACAUUUGGUCAUUUGAUAAGGUCUACAAAUUGGUGUUGCGAUUAGUUGCUUACAGAGAUCAUUAGUUAAGAAAUAUGCAAGAAAUGGGAGAGGAAAUGGGUACUUUUAUUUUACCAUAUUCAAGGUGAUGGUUAUUAUGAUGAGGAAGAGGAAGUACCUGUCUAACAACCAAAAGGCAAAGGAGGAAAAGCACAAGCAUAAUAACGAAGACCUAAUGAUAAUAAUAGAUCAUUUUGA